CUCCAGAAGGAAUCUCUAAAGCAGAUGUUUUUUAUCUUCUCGGACUGAAGGAAUAAUCUUCGAGGCGAACACCGUGUUAUUAUUAUUAUAUUCUUCUGCUCCUGUGAAGGUACAAACGUUCCCCAGAAGACCAGAUGGCUCGACACGGCUUCCCCUACGUGCUGGUCCUGUGCGCCCUCACGAAGCUGCUGCUGGCGGCGAGCCACGAAGACGAGUACCAGGACCACCUGAACCACCGCGGCGAAUACGAGUCCACGAGGAAGGAAAUCGCCACGGCCCAGUACGAAUGCUUCCAGAGGAUUCUGAAAGAGUCGCAGAGCAAAACGAAAACAACCGGCCCGGUGUGCAACGCCACGUGGGACGGGUGGCUGUGCUGGGAGGAGACGGACGCCGGACACACGGAGCAGAGCUGUCCGGACUACUUCAAAGAUUUUGAUCCUCAUGCGAUGGCGUCCAAAGUGUGCUCCGAGACCGGCGAGUGGGGGCGCCACCCCGAGAGCAACAGGACGUGGACCAACUUCACCAACUGCCGCGCCAACACCAUCCAUCACGGCAAAGCGGCGAUGACUCACUUCUACCUGGUCAUAAUCGGCCACGGCCUGUCGCUGGUGUCGCUGCUCAUAUCUUUAGGGAUAUUCUAUCAUUUUAAGAGCCUGAGCUGUCAGAGGAUAACGCUCCACAAGAACCUCUUCCUCUCGUUCGCGCUGAACUCCGUCACCACCGUCGUCUGGCUCACGACGGUGGUGAAGAAAGAGGGGCACACGUACAACGACUCCGCCAGCUGCAAGCUGCUCAUGUUCAUCCACCUGUACCUGUUGAGCUGCAACUACUUCUGGAUGCUGUGCGAGGGCAUCUACCUGCACACUCUCAUCGUGGUGGCGGUGUUUGCGGAAAAACAGAAUCUCAUCUGGUAUUACCUGCUGGGCUGGGGUUUCCCACUCGUGCCGGCGGUGAUACAUUCAUUCGCCCGCCACUGCUACUACAACGACAAAUGUUGGGUCAGCUCAGACACGUCCUUGCUGUACAUCAUCCACGGACCCAUCUGCGCCGCGUUGGUGAUGAAUCUCUUCUUCCUGCUGAACAUCGUCCGCAUCCUCAUCACCAAGCUGAGGGUGACGCACCAGGCCGAGUCCAGCCUCUACAUGAGGGCCGUGAGGGCCACCCUCAUCCUCAUCCCCCUGCUGGGCAUCCAGUUCGUCCUGCUCCCCUACAAGCCCCAGGACCACUGGGUCUUUGAGAUCUACCUGUACGUCAUGGAGAUCCUCAUGCACUACCAGGGUCUCUUGGUUUCUACGAUAUAUUGCUUCUUCAACGGGGAAGUCCAGAGCGUGAUGCGGAGACACUGGAACCAGCAGCGCAUGCAGUUCACCGGCACGUUCGCCAACGCCGACUUCUUCCGCUCGGCCUCCUACGUGGCGUCGUCGCUCACGGAAGUCCACCGCUGCUACAGCAUCGAGAGCCACACCGAGCACAUGAACGGCAAGAGCUACUCGGACAUCUUCAGGUCGGACAGCCCGUUCGUGUGAAGCUCUCGGGCAUCACGGCCGUCUCCGACUUUCUUCUGGGGAGUUUUACUGCUGCAAACGUUUCACUUUCACACAAACUCACACAUCUCUGGACUUUUUCUCACGAGUGUUAUUACCGCGACAGAAGGAGCUUGAGACCAAGGACACGGUUUCUCCAUCAUCAUUUAUGAAAAGCAUGAAAAGGAUACGAAGAAGACACGAAGAAGACACGAAGAAGACACGAAGAAGACAUGAAGAAGACCCUGUGUUUCCGUGUCAACACAAGGAAUAAAAGAUUUUUAAUAAACGUGGAGAGCCCUCGAGAACAAGAAGCGGGAGAGAAGGGUUUUCUUUCUUGGCAUUUUGAGAAUAUUGAUGCAAUUUAGGAAUGAUUAGUUAUUGAUUGAGUGUUGUGUGGAAAGGAUGCGCACAAAUAGCAGAUAGCUUGCUUCGCUAAAACCUCAUUCCUGCUUUGACCUAAAGGCGUGCGACCAUCGUCUGAGGAGAGUUUGUAUAUUUAAGUCUGAUUUUCUUUCGCUAAGUUCAAAACAAUGUGUCUCAUCCCGGCGUAGCUACAGUCAAAAGCUCAGUUUUCUUUCUUUCUUCAUAACUGAUUUUUCCUAAAUGCUGUGGAGAUGAUUGCGACAUCAUCAAAAGUGGAAUUACGACCGAUAAGUGCAUGUUUUUGUACGUAUAUUCGGGUAUGGAUGGGAUAUAUUUCAAGGCAUGGAAAGAUGAAGCCUCUUGUGUACUUUGUAUAUUUUUCCAGUCAGCAUCAUUGUAUAUUACUUUUGUAAUUGUUUUAAUACUUCUAGUUAGUUAAGGGUUUAAAGUUGUUGAAGGUUAACUGUGGUGGCUGGGGUGGGAUUAGGCUCAGCUGUGGAGGGGUGUGGGGGAGGGGCCUAAUUGGCCUCAGCUGUAGGGAAUCAGGGUGAUUGUCUCUCUCCUAUAUCAGCUGCAAGGGAAAGAAACAAUCUCCCUCCACAGCUGAGCCUAAUCACGCCCCAGCCACCACAUUAACGUUGUAGGUUGAAUAAAUUCAGCAGGAACUGGCUUGUGUUGGUUCACUGGUGAGAUGAAGUAAAAAGUGAAGAGCUGCUGGUUUCAGCCUUCACACUGGAAAUAGAUUUAUUAAUUAUGACUUAGAUGAGAAGAAUACAACCUUAAAUUAGCUUAGCUUAGCAUAACGACUGGAAAUGGGGGGAAACUGCUAGCGUUAUCUUCAAAAAUGUCACUCUCCCUUUUUAAAUGCUCAGCGCUGAACUCUUGAAAAUUUGCUAAAACUAUUUCUUUCUCUUUUGGAAUCACAGAAUAUUUCUGAUGUUCAUAAUACUGUAUGUGUACUAUAAUAAUUAACAUAAACACAUGAUUUCUACAGCAGAUGUUUUGUGUUGGAAGAAAGAAAUAUAGAUUUUUUGUAUUCACAGUCUGAAUCUCUUGUUUUUCUUAUUUGUUCCCAUAGUUUUGUCAACAAAUGCUUGUUUACACUGAAAUACAAAUGUUGUAAAUAAAGGCAAGCUGUUUUAAACUGA